UCCUAAUACUGUCACAUGCUGGUGAAGCACCUUCCUUUUGAAGACUACAGGGAUCGGAGAGUACUCCAUGGGUCACCCUUUCUUAUUUGCUUUUCUGCAGGAACACACUGUGAACUGUACAAGGACCCCUGUGCUAACAUCAGCUGUCUGAACGGUGGUACCUGUGACAGCGAGGGCCUGAAUGGCACAUGCAUCUGUGCACCAGGGUUCACAGGUGAAGAGUGUGACAUUGACAUCAAUGAAUGUGACAGUCACCCUUGUCAUCAUGCUGGAACCUGCUUGGAUCAGCCCAAUGGUUAUACCUGCCACUGCCCUCAUGGCUGGGUGGGAGCAAACUGUGAAAUCCACCUGCAGUGGAAAUCUGGGCACAUGGCUGAGAGCCUCACCAACAUGCCUCGGCACUCACUCUACAUCAUCAUCGGAGCCCUCUGUGUGGCCUUUGUGCUCAUGCUCAUCAUCCUGAUUGUGGGUAUCUGCCGCAUCAGCCGCAUUGAGUACCAAGGCUCCUCCCGGCCAGCCUAUGAGGAAUUCUACAACUGCCGCAGCAUUGACAGCGAGUUCAGCAAUGCCAUUGCAUCCAUCCGGCAUGCCAGGUUUGGGAAGAAAUCUCGGCCUGCGAUGUACGACGUGACUCCUAUUGCCUACGAGGAUUACAGCCCCGAUGACAAGCCCUUGGUUACACUGAUUAAAACAAAAGAUUUGUAAUCUUCUUUUUUUUGGGAUUAUUUUUCAAAAAAGAUGAGAUACUAAGAUCAUUUAAAUAUUUUUAAGAAAUUAAAAAGCUUAAGAAAUUUAAAAUGUUAGCUGCUCAUGAGUUUUCAGUAGACUACCGAAGAACUAAGGUUCUGCAGCUUUUAGUUUGAAAAAAGUAUUUUAAAAAACCAGAAUUUGUGAAAUCCAUAGACCAUGUUUUAAUGUACCUUCAGCUCUCAACACUGUCUGCUUCAACAAGUAUGGGCUCUUUUGACAGUAGACCCUACCAUGAAACCCAGAUGGACUUCUGUGGUUGUUACAGAGUAAGUCUUACAUAGGAAGAGUUUCUUGUGAUGUGUGAGUGCCGGCUUUCUGAGUAGAGUUAGGAAAAUAAGUAGAGUAUGAUGCAUAAUCCAGUAUAUAAUCGUUACUUACUAUGAUGUGCCGUCUGAGAUGUCUGUUUUGUGAAAAAGAAAACUAGUUAAAUUUAUUAUUCCUAACCCGAAUGAAAUUAGCCUCUGCCUUAUUCUGUGCAUGGGUAAGUAACUUAUUUUCUGUACCGUUUUGUUGAAUUCCGAGGAAAUAAUGUUCUUUCAAGUUUUAGUCAUUUUUGUAACAAUCCUUGAACUUGACCUUGUAAACACAAACAAGGGAAGGGCCUAGGGAGGCAAAUACUGAUCAGUUUCAACCAUUUUUUUUCUUUUAAAAAUCAAGUGUUUUUCUUUUUAAUUGUAGUGGAUUAAAUUACAUUGCAGGUGUUUCUUGCUAAGAGGUAGUGACAUGUAAGAGGUGCUGGGCCCUUCUGUAGUGUUUCUCAUAGUGCACCUUUAUUUAUACCCAAGACAUUUUUGUGGCUGUAUUUGAUUGAUAUGUGCUUCUUAUGAUUCUUGCUAAUUUCAAAGAAUAUUGAAUAAACGUUAGCAGGGCGAGGA